GGUUUAUUUAAUGGCAAGGGGCCUUUAGACACUUGUAAAAGUCAACCUAUAUACUAUUGGACUGUACCACCGGAACAAGAUGAUACAUUACUUAUGUAUUUAGCCUGUAGACGUUGGAACGAGACCGUUUCUACUAAUAAUAAAUUACUUGACGAACAAGCUUACGCCUAUGGUAACAAGACGUUAACACAAAUUGCCAACCGACUUUCCGAAACAUACCAUAUUAGCCCACCUCUUGAUCCACUUCUAGUACUACAUGUUUUUAACAAUUGCCAAUUUUGGCUCGCCGUUUUUAAUCGAACCGAUGCGUGGUGUUCAUUAUUAAGCCCCAAAGAACUUUUAUUAACACGAUAUUAUUACGACCUAUUAUAUUAUCAUCGAUAUUCAUAUGGUCAUCCUCUCAAUACGCGACUGGGUUGUAGAUACCUUACUCAGCUUGUAAAUGGAGUUGAAAAUUAUUUAAAUGGUAAUUCUAGUAUGAUAGCUGAUCUAAAAAAUGCUCAUAGUUUUACUAUAUUUAUGAUACUUACUACAUUGGGAGUAUUUAAAAAUAAAUUCCCACUCACAGCAGAUUUAACCUUUGAACAAUUUAAAAAUGUCAAAUAUACGGAACAUACACUUUUAAACUGGUCUUCUACGCUUUAUUUCGAAAUUUAUAAUUGUUCUGAUGAUCGCGUGUUGAUACGUGUGUUGCUCGAUUUUAAUCCGUUUGUAAUUCCGGGUUGUGAUAGUGAAUAUUGCGAAUGGAACAAAUUUAAAGAGAUUCUUGGUGAUAAGAUUGGAUGCGAUUUUAAAAAGAUGUGCGCUUAUCCUUGA